AUGGAGUCUCAAACAAGGUGUGAAAAUGACCAGAAUGCCCCUCCUACGCCAAUUGGUUUGUCGUACAACUACUCGAUUGAACAUGAAAUUAGAUCAGAAGGUGAUGAAUUUUGCAUGGAAAGCUUUUCAUUAAGAGGGUACCUCCAAGAUUUCCAUCACCUUGAUCGUAACUUCUCAUCGUUCGAUCUUGAUGGCUACGAUCCUUUUGAUCCUUUUCUCCAUGCCUCUUGGUCAAAAGAUUUCGACUUUGAUAAGUUUAAGGCAUUCGAGGGGACUGAUGAUGAUGGUGCUGUCAUGCAGAAUUUCCAGGGUGCAACUGGAUUCUUAAAUUUUACGAAUACAAAAAAUCCAUUAUCGGAAAUGGAAUUAACUUCCGAAAAUAUUGACCUGAAAAUUCCAAAGCCCGUGAACUUUUCUGUAACUAAUAGGUCUUCAUGUGUGACAGUUGAAAAUGGCCACGACAAAAAAAGUGACACAGAAAAGAAGGAAAAAUGUAAUAGUAACAUAGAUGAGAGUCAAUUUGCAUUAGCUGGGAGAAGCACUAACAAGUCUAAAUGGGCCAAAUCACAAUGGACAGUCGAAGAAGAUAGAGUUUUGAUUCAACUGGUGGAGAAAUUUGGGCAGCGAAAAUGGUCACAUAUCGCGCAAAUGCUGAAGGGGAGAAUUGGGAAGCAGUGCAGAGAAAGAUGGCACAACCAUCUCAGGCCAGACAUUAAAAAGGACGUAUGGAGUGAGGAAGAAGAUAAAAUUCUCAUUGAGGCCCAUGCAGAAGUGGGAAAUAAGUGGUCAGAAAUCGCGAAAAAACUCCCUAGAAGAACGGAAAAUUCCAUCAAGAAUCACUGGAAUGCUACCAAAAGAAGGCAAUUUUCAAAGCGAAAAGCCCGAACCAAAUGGCCAAAGUCAAGUACUCUCCUGCAGGAUUAUAUUCAGAGCCUAAACCUGGAAAAAACAGACAACAGAAGAAAUGCAGAGUCUCCAAGUGCUCAUCGUGGAAUUCUUAUCAAUAAUUCAUUUCAGGAUGCUGGAAAAAGUUUAGAGUUGAUUGAGUUUUCCCCUGGAGACCAUUUGGUGCCAUGUUAUAGCUUUGAUCAGGACCUGGAAUUCGUCCUGGAUGAUGAAAUCAACAUGGAUGAUGAAACAUUUCAUAUGGCUCCAUUGAUGUAG